GAUUUAUUGUCAUAUGUAUGAAGUACAGGAUGUACUAAAACCUUAGUCUUCCAUAAUGUCUAAACAGUCUUCUGAAAGAAUGACCGGACUCUUGAAAGCAAGACCAGGUACUUCGCCAGCAUACCUGCUGAGGGACGAUCUUCCCGGGAUUCCCAGGAUGAUCCCGGCGAAUUCCGCGUUCUGCGACCCCAGCCUGUAUUGGCCGGCAGCUGACCGGCAACCGAAGCCGGCACCCGAGGUGCCUGGAUUGGCAGCGCCAGCGCGCAGAAGGAGAAGGAGGCGAGGGAACAGACAGGAGGACGCACCUGAGGUCUGUUUGGGGGCCGUCUCACUUUCCGCCGCUCGCCCUGCUGCGCGAAGUGAGAAUCCCCACCCGAUUCUCCACCCGGCUGUGUUCGUGGGUGACGUCACCGCCGAUUCGCCUGAGCGGACACCCGAAGCCCAUCUGCCCGCUGCUUCGCUGCCCAAGCCAGCCGUCGCUUCUCCCUUCAUCGGGAUGCGCCUGGCCCUUAAAAGGACUAGGUCCAUUAAGGACGCUGUCCCACGGAAGACGGCUAGGAAGUUCUUCGCUCUCCAGGGACUAUACUGGCGGGUGGUAGGUGAGCCUGCAGUAAGGGACUCCCCAGAGGCAGUUGCGCUUCUGGAACAGCUCCAGAGGGAAUUCGCCACCGUCUCUCCAACAGCUCCACCUCAGCAGUUGGAGAGGGCGGAGGGGACCUUGAGGAAGCUGCUCUGGGUGCGGUCGGAGCUGGCCCCUCCAGAGGAGGAAGCCGCCCCUGCUGCGUUGCCGCCCUCUGAGGCUACUACAGCUCCUGUGGUCCCCACUCAGACUCCAGCGACCUCGGAGGCCCCCGAAGCGCCUGCUGCGGUCCCCGAGACUCCCAUGUUCCCCGUGACUCCACUGCCUGCGGCGCACGCUGAGGCGCCCCCUGCUGGCCGCACGCCUGCGGCGCACGCUGAGGCGCCCCCUGCUGGCCGCACGCCUGCGGCGCACGCAGAGGCGCCCCCUGCUGGCCGCACGCCUGCGGCGCACGCAGAGGCGCCCCCUGCUGGCCGCACGCCUGCGGCGCACGCUGCUGAUCUGGAGUGGGUGCCCCCUGCCCAGUCCCCUGCGCAGCCGCCUCAGCUCCCCGUGACUCCAGUGCUCCCCCGCAGCUCCCCGCGGCUCCGGCGCCGGCCCCAGCGCAGCUCCCCGCGGCUCCGGCGCCGGCCCCAGCGCAGCUCCCCGCGGCUCCGGCGCCGGCCCCAGCGCAGCUCCCCGCUCAGAUCCCCGAGACUCCUGUGCAGCCCCCUCACCCCUGCUCAGCCCCCAGCGGUCCCGGAGGGCCCCGUACUGGCCCCUGCUGGCCACGUAUCUGCGGCGGCACCAGAGGCUCCUGUUGCUCCUGCGGCGUUCCCCGAGGUGCCUGCAGCGUCCCCUGUUGGCCCGGAGCCUGUGGCACCUGCAGCGCCCCCGCAGAUCCCUGCUUUCACCCCUGUUCCUGUGCCUCCUGCUUCGGCGGCUCUGCCCCCUGUGUCUCCGGCUGCAGCAGUGCCCCCUGUUGACCUGGAGCCUGUGGCGCCUGCAGCGCCCCCCGAGGCUCCAGUGUCCCCCGCGGCUCCUGCUCGGGCGCCCAAGGCCCACUCACCCGUGGCUCCUGCUCUGGCGCCCCCUUCUGACGAGCUGGCUCUGCCCGACAUCCCGGCCCUGGCUCCGCCCGCACCACACCCGUCGGCUCCAGACUCCCCGACCCCGACGGCCGGCGUGCUUACCCAGGAAGGUCCAGACGUCCUGGCCCUGGAGGCCGAUGCGUCGCCCCAUGCGACCUCAGUCUCCCCGGUCCCUGCUCCCUCGGCCUCAGUCUUCCCGAUCCCUGCUCCCUCAGCCUCAGUCCCCAAGGUGGUCCCUGACAACCUAAACCCCGCUCCUUCCUCCACAAUGGAGUUGGAGGAGGAGCUGGAGUGGGACCCCUCGGGGAUCACCCUGACCCUGCCUGUGGACCCCCCCAGGGGGUCACCCCAACCACCUGCACCUCUUCGAGGUGGUUCACGGCCGGGUCCCCGCUUCUCGGUCUCCCGGAAAGGGAGGGGACAUCGAAGGCGGGGUAGACUCCCUGGUGCCCCUUCACACCCCCAGGUUCCAUCUCGGCGGGUGGCCCCGGUCUCACCCAGGGGUCCAGGGCAGCUGAACACGGCCCGACCGUCGCUGUCCCCUCGACGACCUGUGAGUCCCUCACCCGCGGCUUUCCCCUUGGCUCCCUCCUUGCCAUUUCCACCAACCCCCUCACCUGCAUCCUCACUACCCUCAGCCCCUGUUCCAGUCCUGCAGAGGCCUGCUGCCCCAGGGCGCCCUACAUCAUGUCCACUAUAGGUCCCCUCUGCUCCCUGUUGUCCCCUGCCCUAGGAUCCCUUGGCCCCUGUGUUCAUUCCCUGUCGUGUGUCACCGUCGUUCCCUUCUGGUUCCUU